GCCAAUCACAGCGAGGCAGCCUCCCGAGGACCCUUCUGAAAAUGAGAUUUCUGUUCUCAGGUCCUCUGAGCUCUCCAAAGGGACUGGGUCCAUCCAGCCCAGUAGGAUCAGCCUACAGGAUACUUUCAGGGGAGGCCUGAACGUAGCUGUUUGAGGCCAUGAGUGAGUUAGAACAGCUUCGGGAAGAGGCGGAACUACUACGCUGCCAGAUCCAGGAUGCCAGAAAAGCCUGCAGUGACUCCAACCUCUCUCAGAUCUCAGCAGGUUUGGACCCUGUUGGGAGGAUCCAGCUGAGGACGAGAAGAACACUGAGGGGCCACCUGGCUAAAAUCUACGCCAUGCACUGGGGAUGUGACACCAGGUUACUUGUUAGCGCAUCUCAGGAUGGCAAGUUAAUAAUCUGGGACAGCUACACGACAAAUAAGAUUCAUGCCAUCCCACUGCGGUCGUCGUGGGUUAUGACAUGUGCGUACGCGCCUUCGGGGAGCUUUGUGGCGUGUGGCGGUCUGGACAACAUUUGCUCCGUCUACAAUCUGAAGACACGAGAAGGCAAUGUCCGAGUCACCAGAGAACUGGCUGGACACACAGGCUAUUUAUCUUGCUGCCGUUUCAUUGAUGAUGGUCAGGUUGUGACCAGCUCAGGAGACACCACCUGUGCCUUGUGGGACAUCGAGACAGCGCAGCAGAUGGUCAGUUUCCCGGGUCACACGGGUGACGUCAUGAGCCUGACGCUGAGUCCAGACCGCCGGACGUUUGUGUCGGGAGCGUGCGACGCCACCGCCAAGCUCUGGGACAUCAGGGAUGGGAUGUGCAGGCAGUCCUUCAGCAGCCACCUCUCAGACAUCAACGCAGUCACCUUCUUCCCCAAUGGGAAUGUGUUUGCUACUGGCUCGGACGACGCCACCUGCCGGAUCUACGACCUGCGUGCUGACCAGGAGAUGCAUGUGUACUCGCACGACAACAUCAUCUGCGGCAUCACCUCCGUGUCCUUCUCCAAGAGCGGACGCCUGCUCAUCGCCGGCUAUGACGACUUCAACUGCAACGUGUGGGACGUGCUGAAGGGAGAGCGCUCAGGUGUCCUGGCUGGCCAUGAUAACCGUGUGAGCUGUUUGGGCGUGACUCCUGACGGUAUGGCAGUGGCCACAGGCUCAUGGGAUAGCUUCCUGCGCAUCUGGAACUGA